AUGUUUACCCUGAAGUAUAUAGUUGCCUCCUCGCUCCUUUUGCUUGUUUCAUCCCAAUCAUGGGGACAGCAGAGCUAUGGAAACAGUAAUCAAGGAUUUGAGGGGUCUUUUGGCUCUUCUGGAUACGGACAAAACUCGAAUCAGCAGGGAUUCGGCCAGAGUGGACAAGGUUAUGGAAGCAAUGGGCAACAAGGGGUUGGACAGAGUCAAGGAUCUAGUCAGCAAGGUUUCGGCGGAAACAGUCAAUCGUUUGGAGGAAGUCAACAGCAAGGAUAUGGUCAGAAUCCCGGAACGAAUGGUCAAGGAGUUGGAAGCAAUAGCCAACAGGGAUAUGGGCAGAAUCAGGGAUCCAGUCAGCAAGGAUACGGUCAGAGUCAAGGAUUCCAACAAGGAUUUGUUCAACAGCAGCAGAGUCGACCACAACAAGGAUUCCAAUCUGGAGGAUUCAGUAGUCAGCAGUCUUUCGGUGGACACAGCGGAUCAAAUGGACAAGGAGGUUUUGGCGGACAAUCUGGAUUCAACAGUCAGACUGGAUUUGGUGGAAAUAAUGGAAACGGUCAGAGUGGUUUCGGAAGUCAAUCUGGAUUCGGUGGAUUCUCUGGUAACUCUGGAUUCGGAGGCCAAUCUGGCUUCGGAGGGAAUAGCUUUAGACAGAAUAAUAAUAAUAACCAAGGAGGAUACAGCAAUGGAUUCCAGAGUCAAAGCGGAUAUAACAGUAAUCAAGGAGGUCACUCUUCAAAUUCUGGUUUCGGAAACUCAAACAGUGGAACAUAUGAGCCUUAUCCACCCUUCCUCGGCAAUGUCAGCUCAUCAGCUUCUCAAGAUUAUUUCAAUAUUGUCAACAAUCAGUCACUUACCACAAACCAAAUCAACGAACAAGCCACCAAUUGGGCUUCUACAAAUGGUGUUCAGACUGAGUACACUCAAUACCAAACAAACCGUACUGCUGUUCACAACCAAGCAAUCCAAAAUGUGUCUGAUAUUAUUAAUAACUUGGCAACAGUUCAAGCAUCAAUUGAGAAUAUUCAAUCGAACAAAAGUUCAUCAGCUAAUGACCGACAAGCAGCUUUCCAACAAUUGCAGCAUGAUCAUCCAAUGGAGUACUCCGUCCUCACAUCACUCCUAAACCAACAUGAACAAGUUCAGUACAAUAGAAUGAAUGGAAACGGAUACUCCAACAAUGGAUACUCCAACAACAACGGAUACUCUGCAAGCUAUGGAAAUUCCAACUCAUUCGGAUCAAACACGAAUUAUGGAAACAAUGGAUACGGUAACUAUUAUGCUGAGAGCUCAACAAUUUCUUCAACUGCCACGAAGAAGAAGACAACGAAAGCAUCUUCAAGAUAA